AUAAACAAAUGAUGUUAUCUAGUACUUGUGACUUAGAUUAGAAUUUGAAAAUAAAGCUAUUAAUAUUGUUAUAAAUUUAAAUCAAAAUAUUCAAGAUUUGAUUCUUUUUUUAUCGAAGUGUACUGCUCAUGUGAAACAUUAUUCCAAUUUUUAAUAUGAAAAAGAGUUUAAGUUGAAAUGUCCUGUUGCUGAUUAAUUAAUUAAGAUGGCUCUUAGUAAAAUGGCUCAAGCUAAGCAUCUGUUAGAAGAAGAAGAUGAUGAUGUUGACGAAAACCUUUUAUACUUGAAUUUUUAUCAAGGAAAUCUUCCCUUUUUAAAGCAAGUUCCUCUUCAUCGAAUUCCAGAUCGUUUAAAGUUUGAAGCAGCUGCAUUGUAUUUUGGAACUAGUCAGUAUGAAAAUGAAUGGAAGGGUGUCCUUGAAGAUUUAGGAGUGGAUUAUAUAACUAUGUAUGGCAUUGAUUUUAAAUCAAGCAAAACUGGCAAUCUACCAAUUUAUUUGGCUUUGAACGGAGUUCUACAAAGUAACAGAAGUUUUGGAGAUUUCAUUGAUGUUUUAUGCAAAAGAGAAAAAUUUCAUAUUCUCUGCCAUUUAAAGCCAUUUGUAGAAGAGUUACUCUCUAAAAAGCACUAUUUAGAUGAUAAAGGGCCUUAUUUUGGACCUCCCCCAAGUGCUCCAGAGUUUUCAUCUCUUGAAGUAACCAGCUCUUUGGCAGAUUUAUAUGAUUCUGAAUCCAAUUCAGUAACUUGCAAGGAAAAGAAAAAGAGAAAUUUGAAAGGUCAUAAAAUUGCUUCAGAACACUUUCAAAAUUCUGAAGUCAUUUCUUCUUUUGCAAAUAACAAUGUAUUUUCAGCAGUUUCAAACUUCCAAAAUGUUAAUGAAGCAAUAUCAGUUUUUAUAAUGCAUUCCAUGCUGGAUAAAAAAUAUGCUAAAAAAUUAGCUACAUGUCUUAGAGAAAAGAACUUUCAAGUGGUAACAUCAGCAAAUAUUUUUCAUUUCUUGAGACAGAAUCCCACUUUGAUGAUGAAGGCUGUAGAUGAAAAAGUUGAUUUUGUUGUACCAGUAAUUUCUCCAUCGUUUAUGAAACAAAUCCAGUUUACAGGCUAUUAUACUACAGAAAUAAGAGACAUAGAAAGUGAAGCUAAUACUUUUAUGUAUGAUCGUCUGUUGAAUGAAUAUUCUAGUCAUGGUAAUUUUUUUAAUCAUCGAGUGAAACCUGUUUGUUAUUCCUUAGAAAGCAGAAAGAUUGUCAAUAAUGAUCAAAUUCUUUCUCGGCCAAUUUAUUUACCAUAUAAUGAAUUAAAAAAUGAUCAAAUGCUGGAAAAAGAAUUUCUUCCUCUCUUGAGACACAAUAAAAAAUAUUUACAACCUUCUAAGUAAAAUGUUUAAAAAUACAGAGAAUAAAGAGAAUUAGUUAUAUGUAUAUUCAAGUACUGAUUGACUUUUUAAAAAAAAAAACUGGCUAUUUGCAAGAACAUUUCAAUAAUGUGGAAUAUUAUACCAUGGAGUGACAGAAAUGUGAUUUUUAAUAAACAGAAUAUUGGUAUUAUACACAUAUAUAUUUAAAGGAAUUUUGUUAGCAAAACACAGACCAUAUUUUUAAAAAAGUACUGAAAAGUAGUUUUUACUUCAUUAUAUCAUUUUAUUAUUAAGUUAAUUUUUUAAUGUUCAAUAUAUUAAAAAAAGUGCUAUUAUUAUUUAUUUAUUUUAUUAUUAUUAUUGCAUUUUAAAAGAAGGGAAUUUAGUUUCAUUUUAAACUACAGUCUAAAUAUUUUAACUACAUCUCUUAUAUAUUAGUUUUUAAAAAAAUUUGAGAAUGAAUUUCCAUUUCUCAAAUCUUUAAAUUUUAAGAUUUUAAAAAAUUAAAAAAAAAAAUCUAGAUGAUCUAGGAAAAGAUUUCGAUCUAAAAAAAAUCUAAUCUGUUUAACUGUACUGUAAUUGUGAAUUUUAUUUAACUGUACCCAAAGGACAUGAUCAUAUCCACACAUUUUGAAAGAUUUUUACAUCAUAUCUGACACUAUUUACAAUUAGUGUACCAGCCUUUAAACAUCAUUGUGCUUAAAAAUCUGUUAUAGUUAAAAGUAUGUUAUCUGUUAAAACUGAAUAAUAAGUAAUUUUGUAAAAGGACAUAGUAAAAUAUAUGUAUAUAUAUUGAUCUUAAUUUAAUCCAAUCUUAAGUUUUUAAUAUAUAUAUAUUCUUCUCUUAAGAAGUUAUUUAAAUGUAUUUAUGCAUGUGAAUUAUAUUAAUAUUUUGAAUUUUUUUCAGUUAUAUUGAAUUUCUAGUUAAUGAUAAUUUUUCUCACUUUGAAAAAAAAACAGGUUACAUUUACCUAUUGUCAAUUAUGUAAAUCAUGUAUUUUGCACAAACUAUUUGAAUUUCUUGAAACUUUGAAUUCUGAACAUGAUCAUCAUAUUUCAUUCAAGAAAUUUAUAUCUUUUGCUUUAUACUGUUAAUUGUAAA